AAAGUUAGUUAUAACCAAAAUGCCACUUCAAAAAAGUUUAAUACAACAACUUUCCUUUUCAAAUUAUAACAAAAAUUUAAUAACAAAGUUGAGCGUAUUUGCAUUCAGUAGUUAUCAAACAACUCAGUCAAUUAAUCAAUCACCAGAUGAUGAAAAAACCACACAUUUUGGUUUUAAAACUGUUAAAGAAAGCGAAAAAGAAAAAAAAGUUUAUACAGUAUUUGAAAAAGUAGCUAAUUCUUAUGAUAUUAUGAAUGAUGCUAUGAGUUUUGGUAUUCACAGAAUAUGGAAGGAUAUAUUUAUUCAAGAAUUAGCACCAACUCAUGGUUCUAAGCUCAUAGAUACUGCUGGUGGAACAGGAGAUAUAACUUUUCGAUAUUUAAAUUAUCUAAAUAAAUUAAAAAAUCCAAAAAAACUUCAAAGUUCUGUGACAGUUGUUGAUAUCAAUCAGAACAUGUUAGAUGUUGGAAAAAUUAGAGCAGAAAAAUUAGGAUAUACUGUUCAAAAUGGAUAUAAUAUAAGUUGGUUACAAAAUGAUGCUGAAAAGCUAUCAUGUCCUGACGAAUCAUUUACUGCUUAUACCAUUGCUUUUGGUAUAAGAAAUGUCACUCAUAUUGAUAAGGUGUUAUCUGAAGCAUACAGAGUUUUGGAACCAGGAGGAAGAUUUAUGUGUCUAGAAUUUAGUCACGUUACAAAUGAUUCAUUAAAAUGGCUUUAUGAUAAAUAUUCUUUCCAAAUGAUCCCAGUUAUGGGUAUGCUCAUUGCUGGUGAAUGGAAAUCAUACCAAUAUUUGGUUGAAAGUAUUAGAAAAUUUCCAAAGCAAGAGGAGUUAUCGGAAAUGAUUAGAACUGCGGGAUUCAGGCAUGUCACAUAUAAAAACUUGACAUUUGGUGUAGUUGCAAUACAUUCAGGCUUUAAGAUAUGAAAUACAUUUUUACUGAUAAAUGUAUUACUAUCAAAUAUUCAAGGAUACAGCG